AUGGGCUGCGAUGGCACCGCCGUCAACACGGGCACCACGGGCGGCGUGUGCCGCCUGUUCGAACUAGUGACAGGCUCUCCCGUUCACUGGUUUAUUUGCCAAUUGCAUGGCAACGAGCUCAAUCUGCGUAGCCUCGUGACGACCCUGGGCGGCACCGCCUCCGGUCCCCGGUCGUUUACCGGGCCGAUCGGCCGGUUCUGCGCCGGCGACGUGUGGGAGGCCGAUGUGGUGGCGUACGAGCCGGUGCCGGGCAAUACGCCCGACCUGCCAGCCGCAGUGAUUCAGGAGCUGAGCACCGAUCAGCAGCUUCUGUACCUGCUGGCUGCAGCGGUGCAGAGCGGCUCCGUGGACAACAAGACGGCUGGCCGGCGAAUCGGACCCCUGAACCAUGCAAGGUGGCUGACGCUGGCCGCUCGUCUGCUCCGUUUGUACGUCUCCACGGUGGCACCCAGCGGCGCUCUGCAGGACCUGGUGCAAUACGUGGUUCGACACUACGUACCGAUGUGGUUCACCAUCCACCAGAACAGCAGCUGCGACCAGGGCUCACGGAACUUGUUUCGCAGCGUCGUUCUGCUCCGCGAUCUGCCGCAGCGCUCGCAGGCAGUCAUCCGGCCGGUGAUCCAGCGCAACGGCUACUGGGCGCACAGCGAGCAGCUUCUCCUGGCGAUGGUUACCGACAGCGAGCGCGCCGUCCGGGAAAAGGCCGUCCAACACAUCGGCGCCGCCCGCCAGCUGCAUGCCGAGGAGGUCAGGCCCUUCGUGAUUCCCGUCGUCAACUUCGACGCCACAACGUACACCGACCUCAUCAGCUGGGACGGCCGGAUCACGCAGCCUCCUCUUCUGCGAGACCUCAGUCAUUCCGAGCUGGUGCACGUCAUGGACGCUCCGUUGACUGUGCCCCCGUACCCGGUCCACACACAAGCCGUGGAACGGGCCGUGCGGAUGGUCACGGAGGCAUGCACGGCGGUGAUCGGAGAUGAAGCUAGAGACGGUCACAUCACUCAUCACUGCAAAGCUGAAACAUCGACGCCAGCUUCCUGUGCUCAAUUCCAAGCAGGAUAUGCUGCGACGGAAGCUGAGCUGUGACUGACUGACUGGCCAUUGAGCGUCAUCAGUUCGGCUUGACAAGGGAACUGCGAGGUGGCGGAGAGCGAUAUUACGUAGCUGAACGAGGGUCUACGCACGACGAGCUCAGAUGGCCUUCGGUAACGUUUGUCGUUGCGUCUGUGAUGAUCUCCGAGUCAUGUUGCAUCGUCCGUUUUGCUAUGCCCGGGAGUUCAGCGGUGAGUCGCUGGCAAUCUGGCUCGCUGAUUCAACACGUGACCCCUCAGACGCCGGCGGGCUGUGUGGCGAAUUACCUUUUGCAAAUGUCGGUUAUUGAUAGCGCCAUUCACCAUAUGUCGGUAGGCGCUAAUACAGAGGGUUUUGGUGAUAACCUGUUUGUUUUCAGGGCGCUGCAAUCAGACGAUAUAGCUCGUAUGGGGGAGGUAGUGAGGUUUUUGGACGUGGUGGUAUCUGAAGCGUGUUGUUUCCCAGCUCAAAAUAAUUGUAAUGUGCCUCCGAUCGUACCUUUUACCGCAACUAUUGUACCUUUUACCGCAACCCUGUCGAUACCUAUAUUAGAAGGCUUGCCUGAGUCAAAAGUUUUUUUCAUUUAGAGAAAUAUGUUCUUCACUAAUCAAGAUCUUUAUGCUGGUUCUGUUGAUCACCCUUACCUAAAGCAUCGGCGCGGCACACGUCUAGGUACAAUUCCUGCUCUGUUCCUCCUGUUUCGUUUUUUAGCCGUCAAUCUGGAAAUUUACCACUUUCCUAACAACUCAACAGGAAAAAAUGGAACGUGAUAUUUGGGUAAAAUGUAUGCUUCCGAAUUGUUUUAUAUCUUCUCAAGUAGUUUGAACAAAAAUAGAAGUCAUUUCUCAU